AUGCCUCAAGUCUUAUCUUGGAGAUACGUGUAUUUCUUGACUAUAGGGCUCCGAUUCAUUCUAGCCCUUGCAGACUCGUAUAUCCACCCGGAUGAGCAUUUCCAGAGCUUGGAGGUAGCCACGCUGGCCUGGUUGGGGUAUAAUACCAAUAUUCCAUGGGAGUUCACGUCUUCCAGUCCUGCCAGAAGCUAUGCUCCACUUGUGGUGGUUUACUGGCCGGUACUAAAAGUAACCAGUCUUUUAGGGCUUGAGCUGCCGUUGCAAAUAUGGUAUAUCUCGAGACUUGUGCUUAUGGUGGUUUCAUGGAUGGUUACAGACUGGUGCUUGUAUAAGAUGCUUCCUACCAAGCAGGAGAGGAUCAAGGCUAUUUACUUUACGCUGUCGUCGUACGUGACGUUGGUGUACCAGUCACAUUGCUUUUCAAAUUCAAUUGAGACCGUGUUGGUGGUGGCGGCGGUAUAUGUGAUUAAUGAGCUUCGGUUCAUUUCUGGCCAGGACGCUUCUCAGCAUAGUAAGGCCGAGUUGGUGAAGUUGGCAGCGGCAUUGGGCGUGUUGGUGUCGUUUGGCGUGUUUACGAGAAUCACAUUCCCGGCGUUUUUUGUGCUUCCUUCGUUUUACUUGUUGAAGAGCUUCUGGAGAUGGAAAGCGCUUCCUUUCGCUGCUGGUGCUACGUUUGCAUUGACGUCAGCAGCGUGUAUUAUUCUUGAUACUGUCAUGUUCGGCAGAAGAUCUGUUUCUGAGUUGUUUACUGAUCCAUUGGACUUUGCCCAGUAUAUUAUCACUCCAUGGAACAAUCUCGCUUACAAUACCAACACGUCGAAUUUGGCAAAGCACGGUAUCCAUCCAUGGUAUACCCAUAUUGCUGCCAACAUGCCGCAGCUUCUUGGCCCAGGCUUGUUGCUUCUUUUCUUUCGCUUUAGAAACAGAUACUGGAAAACAACGCCGUUCUUGGCUGCCUUGAGCGGUGUUUUGUUCCUUUCUGUUGUUCCACACCAGGAACUUCGCUUUUUGAUUCCAAUUGUGCCAUUACUAUGCUGCUGCUUCGAUCUUAGUCUUGGCUACGAGGGCGACGCAAAGGACGUUGCCUCUUGGUCAUCAGUUUUGAUGGGCCUCUGGCUCAUUUUCAACUUAGUCAUGGGAGUGCUUAUGGGCAUCUUCCACCAGGGCGGUGUUGUUCCAGCAUUAGACUUUUUGCAUACUCAGAAACCACAGGGCGUUACUCAAGUGUGGUGGAGAACAUACUCUCCUCCUACGUGGAUGUUGGCUGAUAAGGAAGCCGAAUACCAGUUCAUCACUUUAAACACAGAGUUACAAGGGUUCGAACUAGAUGAAACGAAAAAGAACUACGUGAUAGAUGCUAUGGGCUCUGAUUUUAAAAUUGUUGAUGCACUCAUCAAGAAUUUACAUAACAAGGUGAUGUUGGUGACGCCAGUCGCCUCGUUCUCGUCAAAUUUCGACGCCAGUCGGUUUAACAAGACGUGGAGUACACCCUUCCAUUUGGAUCUAGAUCACCUUGAUUGGAAUGAUUCAAGAACAUUACAACCAGGAUUGGCCAUCUAUGAGCUUGUCUAA